GCCUGUCCUGCCGAGGCACGCCCCCUCCCGCCUCUUCCGCCUCGACCCCUUCGGGGGGCCUCUGUUGGGCCCAAAUCUUCGCCCGCGUCGACGCCAGCGUCUGUCCCGCGUCCCUAGCUCUGCGAAGGACAGGCCUCGCGCCAGGACCCCGGUGGACUUCUGAGGUGCCAGGAUGGUGGGGGAACUUCGCUACAGGGAAUUCAGGGUGCCCCUGGGGCCGGGCUUACAUGCCUAUCCUGAUGAGCUGAUCCGCCAGCGGGUGGGCCACAAUGGGCAUCCUGAGUACCAGAUUCGCUGGCUCAUCCUCAGGCGUGGGGAUGAUGGGGAAGGGGGCUCCAGCCAAGUGGACUGCAAGGCUGAGCACAUCCUGCUAUGGAUGUCCAACGACGAGAUCUAUGCCAACUGCCACAAGAUGCUGGGCGAGGAUGGCCAGGUCAUCGGGCCCUCCCAGGAGUCUGCAGGGGAGGCUGGGGCCCUGGACAAAUCUGUGCUGGGGGAGAUGGAAACCGAUGUGAAGUGCCUGAUUCAGAGAGCCCUUCGGCAACUAGAGGAAUGUGUGGGCACCAUCCCUCCCGCCCCUCUGCUUCAUACUGUCCAUGUGCUCAGUGCCUAUGCCAGCAUCGAGCCCCUCACUGGGGUAUUCAAAGACCCAAGGGUCCUGGACUUGCUUAUGCACAUGUUGAGUAGUCCCGAUUAUCAGAUUCGCUGGAGUGCCGGCCGGAUGAUACAAGCCCUGUCCUCCCAUGACGCUGGGACCCGGACCCAGAUCCUUCUGUCACUGAGCCAACAAGAGGCCAUUGAGAAACACCUGGAUUUUGACAGCCGCUGUGCUCUGCUGGCACUGUUUGCACAGGCCACGCUCUCUGAGCAUCCCAUGUCUUUCGAGGGCAUUCAGCUGCCACAGGUCCCAGGAAGGCUGCUCUUCUCCCUGGUGAAGCACUAUUUGUAUGUCACCUCACUCCUGGAUCAGCUGAAUGACAGUGCUACAGAACCAGGAGCCCAGAACAACUCUGAUCCUGAAGAGUUGAGUGGGGAGAGGGGUCGGCUGGAGCUGGAGUUCAGUAUGGCCAUGGGCACCCUGAUCUCGGAGCUAGUGCAGGCCAUGCGCUGGGACCGGGCCGCAAGCAGACCAGGGAGCUCAGCACAGCCCUCCUGUUCCAUCUUCCAGCCUCAGCUGGCAGAUGCGGGCCCAGGGCUUCCACCCAGCCAGGCCCAGCCCUCCCUCAGGAGGUCAAAGCGGUUUCGCCCCCGCUCUGAGUUUGCAAGUGGCAAUACCUAUGCCUUAUAUGUGCGGGACACGCUGCAGCCGGGGAUGCGAGUGCGGAUGCUGGCUGAUUACGAGGAGAUCAGUGCUGGGGAUGAAGGCGAGUUCCGGCAGAGCAACAGUGGCGUGCCCCCUGCGCAGGUGUUGUGGGAGUCAACGGGCCGCACCUAUUGGGUGCACUGGCACAUGCUGGAGAUCUUGGGCUUUGAGGAGGACAUUGAGGAUGUGGUCGCGGCUGAUGAGCACCAGGGGGCAGUGGUCAGUGGAGCCCCAGGUAGAGCCCUUCCCUCCUGGCGUUGGAAGCCGAUGACAGAGCUUUAUGCUGUACCUUAUGUGCUGCCCGAGGAUGAGGACACUGAGGAGAGUGAACACCUGACCCAGGCUGAGUGGUGGGAGCUCCUUUUCUUCAUCAAGAAGCUGGAUGGACCUGGCCAUCAGGAGGUUCUCCAGAUCCUCCAGGAGAACCUAGAUGGGGAGCACAUCCUGGAUGAUGAGAUCUUGGCUGAGCUGGCCGUGCCCAUAGAGUUGGCCCAGGACCUGCUGCUGUCUCUACCACAGCGACUUGAUGACAGCGCCCUCAGGGACCUGAUCAACUGCCGUGUCUAUAGGAAAUAUGGGCCUGAAGCCUACCCAUCCCUUCUAGAAACCCAGCAAGAUGUCCUCCUGUUGGAAGCCCGGGCCCAGGCUCAGGAAUCAGAAGAUGCAGCCAGAGUGGAAGUGAAAGAACCCCCAUCUCAGAGCCCCAACACUCCCCUGCAGCAUCUGGUGGAGGGUUAUGGUCCUGCUGGGAAAAUCCUCCUGGAUCUGGAGCAAGCCCUCAGCUCGGAAGGGACCCAGGAGAGCAAAGUCAAGCCGUUCCUGCGGCAGCUGCAGCGGCAGCCCCAGCCCUUCCUCACGCUGAUGCAGAGUCUGGACACUCCGGAGACGAACAGGGCGCUGCACCUGACCGUUCUGAGAAUCCUGAUGCAGCUGGUGGACUUCCCCGAGGCACUGCUGCUCCCGUGGCACGAGGCCAUGGAUGCCUGCAUGGCCUGCUUGCGGUCCCCAAACACUGACCGAGAGGUGCUCCAGGAACUGAUUUUUUUCCUGCACCGCCUGACCUCGGCAAGCAGGGACUAUGCUGUGGUGCUGAAUCAGCUGGGAGCCCGAGAUGCCAUCUCCAAGGCCCUGGAAAAGCACCUGGGAAAGCUGGAGCUGGCUCAGGAGCUGCGGGACAUGGUGUUCAAGUGUGAGAAGCAUGCACACCUCUACCGGAAACUCACCACCAACAUCCUGGGAGGCUGCAUCCAGAUGGUGCUAGGCCAGAUCGAAGACCACAGACGAACCCACCGGCCCAUCAACAUCCCUUUCUUUGAUGUGUUCCUCAGAUAUCUGUGCCAGGGCUCCAGUGUGGAAGUGAAGGAGGACAAGUGCUGGGAGAAGGUGGAGGUGUCCUCCAACCCGCACCGGGCCAGCAAGCUGACAGACCGCAACCCCAGGACCUACUGGGAGUCCAACGGCAGUGCAGGCUCCCACUACAUCACCUUGCACAUGCACCAGGGCGUCCUCGUCAGGCAGCUGACUCUGCUGGUAGCCAGCGAGGACUCGAGCUACAUGCCGGCCCGGGUGGUGGUGUAUGGGGGUGACAACACCAGCUCUCUUAACACGGAACUCAACUCGGUGAACGUGAUGCCCUCCGCCAGCCGGGUGAUCCUCCUGGAGAACCUGACCCGCUUCUGGCCCAUCAUCCAGAUCCGCAUAAAGCGCUGCCAGCAGGGCGGCACCGAUACGCGCAUUCGGGGGUUGGAGAUCCUGGGUCCCAAACCCACGUUCUGGCCGGUGUUUCGGGAGCAGUUGUGUCGUCACACACGCCUCUUCUACAUGGUUCGGGCACAGGCCUGGAGCCAGGUCAUGGCAGAGGACCGUAUGAGCCUCCUGCACCUGAGUUCUAGACUCAAUGGGGCUCUGCGCCAGGAGCAGACUUUUGCUCACCACUUCCUUCCCGACAACGAGGCUGCCCGAGCUCUGGGCAAGACCUGCUGGGAGGCCCUGGUCAGCCCCCUGGUCCAGAACAUCACCUCACCUGAUGAGGAUGGCAUCAGCCCCCUGGGCUGGCUGUUGGACCAAUACCUGGAGUGUCGCGAGGCUGCACACAACCCCCAGAGCCGCGCAGCAGCCUUCUCCUCACGGGUGCGCCGCCUCACACACCUAUUGGUGCAUGUCGAGCCCUGCGAGGCAUCCCCGCCAGCGGUGGCCACUCCUCGGCCCAAGGGCAGAAACAGAAGCCAUGACUGGAGCUCCUUGGCUACCCGGGGCCUUCCAAGCAGCAUCAUGAGAAACCUGACCCGCUGCUGGCGGGCCGUGGUGGAGGAGCAGGUGAACAAUUUUCUGACCUCAUCCUGGCGGGAUGAUGACUUUGUGCCACGCUAUUGUGAGCACUUUAAUAAUCUGCAGAAGUCGAGCUCUGAGCUGUUUGGGCCACGGGCAGCCUUCUUGCUGGCGCUGCAGAACGGCUGUGCAGGGGCCUUGCUGAAGCUCCCUUUUCUCAGAGCUGCCCACGUGAGUGAGCAGUUUGCCCGGCACAUUGACCAGCGGAUCCAGGGCAGCCGGAUCGGUGGAGCCCGGGGGAUGGAGAUGCUGGCGCAACUGCAGCGAUGCCUGGAAACGGUUCUCAUUUUCUCUGGCCUGGAGAUAGCCACCACCUUUGAGCAUUACUACCAGCACUACAUGGCAGACCGUCUCCUGGGCGUGGGCUCAAGCUGGCUGGAGGGGGCUGUGCUGGAGCAGAUUGGUCCCUGCUUCCCCAACCGCCUGCCCCAGCAGAUGUUGCGGAGCCUGAGCACCUCGGAGGAGCUGCAGCGCCAAUUCCAUGUCUAUCAGCUCCAGCGGCUUGAUCAGGAACUCCUAAAGCUGGAAGAUACAGAGAAGAAAAUACAAGUGGGCUGUGAGGCCAAUGGCAAGGAGAGUGAGGACGAUGAGGAGGCUGGGACAGCAGCAGCGGUGGACGUGGUGGAGGGAGAGGAGGAGGAGGAAGAGAACGAGGACCUCUACUAUGAAGGGGCAAUGCCAGAAGUGUCUGUGCUCGUCCUGUCCCCACGCUGCUGGCCUGUCGCCUCAAUCUGCCACACACUGAACCCAAGAACCUGCCUGCCCUCCUACCUGAGGGGCACUUUGAACCGAUACUCCAACUUCUACAAUAAGAGUCAGAGCCACCCUGCCCUAGAGGAAGGCUCGCAGAGGCGACUGCAGUGGACGUGGCUGGGCCGGGCUGAGCUGCAGUUUGGGGACCAGACCCUGCAUGUGUCUACUGUGCAGAUGUGGCUGCUACUGUAUCUCAAUGAUCUGAAGGUGGUCUCUGUGGAGAGCCUGCUGGAGCUCUCAGGGCUCUCUCCAGACAUGCUGAAUCAGGCGAUUGGGCCUCUCACGUCUUCAAGAGGCCCCCUGGACCUUCAGGAGCCAAAGGAUGUACCAGGAGGGGUCCUCAAGAUUCGAGAUGGCAGCGAGGAACUCAGGCCAAGGAGGGGAAAUGUGUGGCUCAUCCCACCUCAGACGUACCUGAAAGCUGAGGAUGAAGAGGGCCGGAACUUGGAGAAGAGACGGAACCUUGUGAACUGCCUCAUUGUCCGAAUCCUCAAGGCCCACGGGGAUGAGGGGCUGCACAUUGACCAGCUUGUCUGUCUGGUGCUGGAGGCUUGGCAGAAGGGCCCAUGUCCUUCCAGGGGUUUGGUCAGUACCCUUGGUAGGGGGUCUGCCUGCAGCAGCACCGAUGUCCUCUCCUGCAUCCUACACCUCCUGGGCAAGGGCACGCUGAGACGCCAUGACGACCGGCCCCAGAUUCUGUCCUAUGCAGUCCCUGUGACCGUGAUGGAGCCUCACACCGAGUCCCUGAACCCAGGCUCUUUGGGCCCCAACCCACCCCUCACCUUCCACACCCUGCAGAUUCGCUCUCGGGGUGUGCCCUAUGCCUCCUGCACUGGCACCCAGAGCUUCUCUACCUUCCAGUAGCCCUGGAGAUGGCGUCCAGGGUAGGUAGGGCUGGGGCUUUCUGGAGAAAUAAAAUACAGGAGUUUGAUUAUA